AUGAACAGAAUCUUUGGAAGUAAAAGCACAGCGCCCAAGCCAUCGUUGAACGAUGCCGUCAAGAACAUCGACGAUCGGGUGGGAGGACUCGAUGUCAAGCUCUCCAAGAUCAACGCUGAACUCUCCACCUAUCAACAGAAACUCGCCAGAAUGCGAGACGGACCAGGCAAGUCGGCGUUGAAGCAGAAGGCGCUCAAGUUGUUGAGGCAGCGCAAGCAGAUAGAGGCCCAGAAGGACCAGUUGGAAAACCAGUCGUGGAAUAUGACCCAGGCGUCGAUGACCACUGACAACUUACAGAACACCAUGAUCACCAUCGAUGCCAUGAAGACCGCCAACAAGCAAUUGAAGAAGACCUACGGCAAGAUCGACAUCGACAAGAUCGAGGCGCUCCAGGACGAGAUGCUUGACUUGAUCGAAAAGUCCAACGAGUUGCAGGAAUCGCUCCUGACCAGCUACGACGUGCCUGACGACAUCAGCGAGAGUGAGUUGGACGCGGAAUUGGACGCCCUUGGAGAGGAAAUCGACUUUGAGAACGAGAUGGCCGAGAGCGGACUUGGCAUGCCCAGCUACUUGAACGACGAGUCUGCUGCCUCCGAUAAGUUGCCCACGUUUAUCGACGAACAGGAAGAGGAACCAGCCAAAGUGGCCAAUUGA